AGGAUUUGAGUUGUGUUUGUUAUGUACCACAUCACAUCACACACCACUCGUUCGUUCAUACAUUCAUUCAUCUUCCACCACCCCAUUAUUAAUUAGUUAUCACCAUCCACCCACCCACAAUAACAGCCAUCAUCGCCACCAAUGAGUCAAUACAAUCAGCAACAACCACCGGUCGGGGUUCCACCGCCUCAAGGUUAUCCACCAUCUGAUGCAAAGGAAGGACAUCCUCCACAAGGGUAUCCACCACAAGGGUAUCCACCGCAAGGGUAUCCACCGCAAGGAUAUCCGCCACCGGGAUAUCCACCACCAGGUUAUCCACCGCAACAAGGAUAUCCUCCACCACCCUACCCAGCACAAGGGUAUCCUCCACAAUAUGCUCCUCCUCAAUACGCUCAACCUCCACCUCCUCAACAUGUACACAAUCACAACAAUUCAAGCGGCCCUGGUUGUUUAGAAGGAUGUUGUGCUGCUCUCUGCUGUUGCUGCCUAUUAGAUGCCUGCUUCUAAGAAGACUUUACUCUGCACUAAUAGGAUUGAAGUGUGUUUAAGCAUUGAGCUCAAUGAAAAUUGUUUCAUGUUUCUUUUCUGUGUUGCCCCUUGUUGUUUAUGUUUCUUUUUAUAAGAAAAUAAUAUGAACUAAUGCUUCCCAAGGACAACUCUGCCAAAUUUACAGGCUUUGCAUAAUUAACAAGUUAAAUUCAUAGUUCUUCAAUCCCCUGUUCUCUACCAGACUUCCUUCUGAAGCAGGAACCAUUGAAAGUCGAUGAAAUAAAAUAUCAAAAUGGAUCCAAUUGCAUUUCACAACA